UGCCAGGGGAACGGGCCCAGCGCCGGACGAGGCCCAGCCAGCGUCUGCCUGGCCGGGUGGUACAGCCAGCCCGCUCGAGUCGGAGCCGGAGGACUUGCGGGCCUAACCUCCGCCUCGCGUCCCGGGAUGGGGCUCCGAUCCGGGGCGCACCGCCGCCCGGUCCCAGGGACCGUCUCUACCGCGAGAGUCUGAAGCGCGGCCGCUCUGGGGUGGGUGGACGGCCGGGCGCUGGCGCUGAGCCGCUGAGUGACCUUGGCAGGGCCGAUCUGGCUCUGCAGACGACGCGCAGAUGAAGAAACUCAAGCCCUUCAGCUAGUAAGCAAAGAACCAGGAGUUGAACCUAGAUCUGCUUCCUCCAAAGCUGGGGUUCUUUUCCCACCUUUCACUGCUUUUUACUGAAGACAAAGCAAAUGACCAAAGGAUUCCAGUUGAGUCCCUGGGAGAAAACUAGGGUCACUCCAUUUAGCUUUGGAUGAGGCUACUCAGAAUCUCCAGAUGCUUUCAAGUCAGCAAACAUUACUGAGCACCUUCUAUGUACAAGAUGAACAUCUGCAACAAGCCCUCUAACAAGACGGCCCCUGAGAAGAAUGUGUGGACCGCACCUGCACAGGCCAGCGGACCCUCCCCGGAGCUGCAGGGCCAGCGGUCCCGCCGGAAUGGGUGGAGCUGGCCCCCGCACCCACUCCAGAUUGUGGCCUGGCUGCUGUACCUCUUCUUUGCUGUGAUUGGCUUUGGGGUCCUAGUUCCCCUCCUGCCUCACCACUGGGUGCCUGCUGGCUAUGCUUGCAUGGGCGCCAUCUUUGCUGGCCACCUCGUGGUGCACCUGACUGCUGUUUCCAUCGAUCCAGCAGAUGCCAAUGUGCGGGACAAGAGCUAUGCAGGGCCUCUGCCCAUCUUCAACCGCAGCCAACAUGCACACGUCAUUGAAGACCUACACUGCAACUUGUGCGACGUGGAUGUGAGUGCGCGUUCCAAGCACUGCAGCGCCUGCAACAAAUGCGUGUGCGGCUUUGACCACCACUGCAAGUGGCUCAACAACUGUGUGGGCGAGAGGAACUACCGGCUCUUUCUACACAGUGUGGCAUCCGCCUUACUGGGCGUCCUGCUCCUCGUGCUGGUGGCCACUUAUGUCUUUGUGGAGUUCUUUGUCAACCCCAUGCGGCUGCGUACCAACCGCCACUUUGAAGUCCUGAAGAAUCACACAGAUGUGUGGUUCGUGUUCCUGCCUGCCGCCCCUGUGGAGACGCAGGCUCCUGCCAUCCUGGCUCUGGCUGCCCUACUCAUCCUUCUGGGCCUGCUCUCCACAGCCCUGCUCGGCCACCUUCUCUGCUUCCACAUUUAUCUCAUGUGGCACAAGCUCACCACCUAUGAGUACAUUGUGCAGCAUCGUCCACCACAGGAGGCAAAGGGGGCCCACAGGGAGCUCGAGUCAUGUCCCCUGAAGAUGCGGCCCAUUCAGGAGAUGGAGCUCUACAUGCGGACCUUCAGCCAUGUGCGCCCAGAGCCCUCUGGCCAGGCCAGGCCUGCCGAAGUGAAUGCCAAUCCCUCCCGAUUCCUUGCCACCCGCGGCCAAGUGGAGCCUCCACCGCCCUCCUCCCCAGAGACUCUCGCUCUGCCCCCUCGGAUACGACCCCAGAAAAAGAGGAAGCGGCGCAUGUAUAAAGUACCGACCUCUGGGACCUUGGACCGAGAGCCCCAGUUGCCCAGGCUGCCGGGGCCCCGGACCCCCGGCCGCCGCUCCAGCUCGUCGUCGGAUUCCGCGGACGCCAGCCCUGCAGGAGCCUAUCACUCGGCGUCUGCCGAGUCCCUGGACGAGAUCCCAGUGGCUCAGACGCGCCUAGGCAGCGCCGCUCUGGCCGCCCGGGUGGGUAGGCCCCGAGAGCCCGGGCUGGCGCUGCAGGCACGUGCGCCCGCUGUUUUCGUGAGCCCGAGCAGCGGCGAGCCCCGCGUGCGGGGCGGCCCCGAGGCUGAUCUGGCUUAGCUGGGCGGAGAAGCAGGGAUGGCGGAGGAGCGGCGGGACCGACUCUCUAUGCAAAACCCUCACCCCCGCCGCACCGAGUGCACUUUAGGGGCCCCUAAGGGCCGGCGGGAUCGGCCCCACUCCCCACUCCACUACUCAGCAAUACCCGCCCAACCAGCUGUGAUGCUCCAAUAAACUUUUUUAUGCUUUUGCGGA